GUCGGUGUGUGAAUUUGAGCCGGAGAAGAUGCUCAAGUGGGUAGUUCUAGUCAGUGCUCUAGCUGUGGUGGCUUCAGCAAAGCCACUCUUUGAAUCCAGGAUAGCAAACAUCACUGCGCACGAUGAGGAUGACACGUAUCGUCUGCCGAAUAACACAAUCCCUCAGCAUUACAGCGUGUGGCUGAGAACCUGGAUUGACGAAGGAACACCUGAUUUCGAAGGAAGAAUCGCGAUUACUUUAAUCCCUGUCGAAACCAACACGAGAUACAUCACCAUUCAUCACAGGCAACUGACCAUCGCCCCAAAUGUCACCCUUCUUAGGGUCACAAAUCUUCCGGCAGUGGAAAUUCCUCUCGAACCCUUCACCUAUGACAGCACCUAUGAAUUCCUCACGUUCACUCUCUCGGGCACUGAAGGAUUAGCUCUGGGACAAACAUAUGAGCUCACGAUUUACUUCACUGGAACCUUGAGAGACGAUCAAGCAGGAUUCUACAGAGCUUAUUACGACGAGAUAUCGGCGGGUAGAACAUGGUAUGCCACCACUCAGUUCGAAUCAACCGAUGCUCGUCACGCUUUUCCGUGCUAUGAUGAACCCGCUCUCAAAGCCACCUUCGACAUUAGUAUCACCCACAAUCCCGUUUACAAUGCGAUCUCUAACAUGCCAGUGAAGGAGAUAAUUCCUCUCGCGAAUUCCAAUCACGUAACAACUGUAUUCGAUACUACCGUGAAGAUGUCCACAUACUUGUUGGCUUUCGUCGUGUCCGAUUAUGUUUACCGUGAGGAUGCACGGCCAAAGGUCUCUCAGCGCAUAUACGCUCGCCAGAGUCUCAUCGAAGACACUGCCUUUGGUCUGGAGGCUGGCGUGAAGAUCCUCGAUGGCCUGGAGCGAUACAUCGACGUUCCAUAUUCUCUCCCGAAAAUUGACCAAAUCGGCAUCACACAAUUCGCGGCUGGAGCCAUGGAGAACUGGGGAUUGGUCACCUAUCGCGAGAAUUUGCUUUAUAUGAACCCUGUGACAUCACAGACACGACAGAAGGAUGUCAUAUCGACGAUUGUGGCUCACGAAUAUGGUCAUCAGUGGUUCGGAAAUCUCAUCAGUCCUAAAUGGUGGACUUACAUUUGGCUCAAUGAGGGUUUCGCUACUCUUUAUGAAUACGAAGCUGUUGAUAUGGCUUUUCCAGAACUCAGGGUCGGCGAUCUUUUCACAGUUGAAGCCCUCCAGGGUGUCUUCAAUACUGAUGCAACAACAAGCACGAGGGCAAUGUCCACGUAUGGAGAGUCUCCAAGAGAGAUCAGCUCUCUCUUUGACAAUAUCGCCUAUCCGAAGUCCGGAUCCGUACUUCGUAUGACCAAACAUUAUCUCACGGAAACCAUCUGGAAAGAUGGUCUGAAGAGAUAUUUCGCAGCCCGUCAAUAUGAUGCCGCCGAUGCUGACGAUCUCUCUGCUGCUCUGGACGCUGCCGCCACAGCCAGUGGACUUGCUCCUCUUCCCAGCGGAACCACAGUGAAGACCAUCAUGGACAGUUGGCAUCUGCAGGCGGGAUAUCCGCUAGUCCAAGUCAACCGCGUCUAUGGCGGAAACAAUGUGAUGACAAUAAGCCAGCGACGAUUCAUCGCCACCAAUGCUAAUCAUGACAUUGACACCACUUGGUGGAUUCCCAUUAGUUUGUCCUCCAGCGACAGGCCCGACGUCUACAAUACAGCUCCCAACUUCUGGCUCCCUCAGGGAUCCGCCCAAGCAAACUUCAACCGGCCGACUGGAUUCACUUACACUGAUACAGACUGGAUUCUCAUCAACAAGCAGCAGACCGGCUACUACCGAGUGAACUAUGACGACAGGAACUGGCAGAUGUUGGCUGAGGAACUUGUCAAUGGAACCAUGUCACGGAUUCACUUGGCCUCUCGCGCUCAACUGCUCGACGAUGCGCUGGACUUGAGCCGAUACGAGCGUCUUGGCCACGACAUCACCCUCUCGAUUGUCAAAUACCUUCGGCGUGAGACUGACUAUCUUCCCUGGGCAGCAGCAGACUCCGGCAUCACGUGGCUCCGUCGUCUCGUGAUCAAUUCCGAUUCCACUGGACGCUUCAAGAACUUCAUGCGCGAGAUUUCCGAUGCUAUUUACAACAAGUAUCGCGCCACUAGUGUUCCUUGCGAGACAUAUUUCGACAAGCUGGCCAGGAAUGUGGCUAUCAAGUGGGCUUGUUUGUCUGGAAACACCGCCUGUUUGACCGACACUACGGCGGAACUCAGGAAGGCUUUGGCCACCGGACAAGACAUCGAGCCUGAUCUCAGAACCGUGAUUUAUUGCCAUGGCAUGAGAGGAGCGAAUAAGGACGACUUCAGAACCGUUUGGACCAAAUUCGAGGAUACUUCAAAUGGAAUUGCGAACAGAAAUUUCUACCUGGAUUCUCUGGUGUGCAAUGAGAACGCCGAGGUUUUGGGAGAAUUCCUUACAGAACUUUUCUCCGCCAACACUCAAUCAUCUGCUUCCACAUCUGAAAAACAGAGGGUUUUCAAUGGCAUUUAUGGAGCUUCAUCGACUGGUCUGGCGGUCGUUCUUGACUUUUUCCGCGCGAAUACGGCCCGCGUGUCUGCUGUGUACGGUAGCGCGGUUGGAUCUCGGCUCAUCUCUUUGGCUGAUUCUCUCACCACCGCUGCUGAGAGUCAGAUUGCGGAACAGAUUAUCACGAAUCUGGGAGCCAGUAUCACAGCGCAACAAGCUACAAAUGUGAGAAAUGCCAUAACGAGCAACAUCAAUUGGGUGUCUCAGAAUGAAAAUGAGGUCAACAAAUUCUUAACGGACAACUAUGGCAAUGUGAAUUUAAAUCCUCCAGCUCCGAUUCCCACUCCAGCUCCGCAAGAGCCGACCACCACUCAGCCUGGACAGCCCACAACUGUUCCUCCAGGUGGUGGUAAAGCUUCCUCAAUCGCUGCCUCCAUCAUCCUUCUAGCAGUGUCUGGCUUGCUUAGUCGCUUGAUGAACUAAGCCAAAAGUGCAAACUUCAGAGCAUGUUUUCAAUAAAUUUACAUAUAAAUCACUACAA